AUGGGUAUGACAGGCACCCAGGCUAUCCCGAAAGGCGCAGAACUGCUGAAAGGAGUCAACUGGGUCUUGAGCAUUGGAAAGGACGUCCCACUCGGUACCGUGUAUAUUUCGCACAGUUCGUUCCUGGAGGGUAUUCUGCUCAAGUAUCUUGAGCGAAUUAAUCAUCAGACGACAAUGGUUCCAGAGUUCUGGGGAGUUACUGACAAGAAGUGGAUUUUUGAUCUUGUCGAAUGGGAUAACCACAAGGCAAAGAAGGGUAAGCGUUGUGUCUGGCGAGACGUUACAAUGCAGGACAGCAGUAUGGACCACCUUCAAUUUGCAUGGCGGAAUAAAGAUAUGUGGAAUUACAAGAACGACUUUGAUGAGGAAAUACUCUACUCAAUGAGAUGUAUCACUCGUAACACUUUGGUCAUUCCAACCAAGCACAUGGGCGAUUGUGACAUUCAGUUACAUGGUACUGUCGAAAUCGAGCUGGAGUAUAGCUGUGGAGAUCCUGGAAAGGAUUGGAGGUAUAAAAAUUCAACAUACGCACUAUUUCCUUAG